CGGACAGCUGCCAGCUGCAGGGCUGGGGCUCUGACUCCCCUGCAAGGGCACGGGGACCACCCCCGGGACUUCUUGCUUGCCUUGCCUUUCCCACAACCUCCAUCCAGGCCGGCCGAGUCAGGUGCGGGGCAGGGACCGCCACCGUGAGCCUGGGGCAGCGCUCCCCGGGUCAGCCAAAGCCAGUCCCAAUGUGGAGCCUUGGGGAGGGGAGGCCGGAGGGCAGACUUCUUGCCUAAGUGCACCCGGAGUCCUUGGCCUUGGCCUCUGCUUCACCUGCCCCUCGACCUUGGAGAGAAAAGCUGUGAAACAAUGGGUGACUGGGGUUUUCUAGAGAAACUGCUAGACCAGGUCCAGGAGCACUCGACGGUGAUCGGCAAGAUCUGGCUGUCGGUGCUGUUUAUCUUCAGGAUCCUCAUUCUGGGGCUCGCCGGGGAGUCGGUUUGGGGAGACGAGCAGUCGGACUUUGAGUGUAACACGGCCCAGCCUGGCUGCACCAACGUCUGCUAUGAUCAAGCCUUCCCCAUCUCUCACAUCCGCUUCUGGGUCCUGCAGUUCCUCUUUGUCAGCACACCCACUCUGGUCUACCUGGGCCACGUCAUCUACCUGUCGCGGAGGGAGGAGCAGCUGCGGCAGAAGAAGAGCGAGCUGGGCAUGCUGCAGACCAAGGACCCCCGAGUGGAGCAGGCGCUGGCCACCGUGGAGCACCAGAUAGCCAAGAUCCCCAUCUCCGAAGACGGGCACCUGCGCAUCCAGGGUGCGCUGAUGGGCACCUAUGUGGCCAGCGUGGUCUGCAAGAGCCUGCUGGAGGCGGGCUUCCUCUACGGGCAGUGGCGGCUCUACGGCUGGAUGAUGGCCCCCGUGUACGUGUGCCAGCGCCUACCCUGCCCACACCUGGUGGACUGCUUUGUGUCCCGUCCCACAGAAAAGACCAUCUUCAUCAUCUUCAUGAUGGUCGUGGGGCUGAUCUCCCUGGUGCUCAACCUGAUGGAGCUGGUCCAUCUCAGCUUCCGCUGCAUGUGGCAGAAGGUGAGGGCCUCACAGGUCAGGGGCCGGACAGGGUCCUACCCCGCAGUCCUGGGCAACGGGGCUAGCAAUUCUGGGGACCCCUACUCAGAGGGGAUGUUCUUCUACCUCCCCAUGAGCGAGACACCCACAUCGCCUCCCUGCCCCUCCUACAACAAGCUGUCCAGUGAGCAGAACUGGGCCAACCUGAACGCCGAGGAGAGCCUGGCCCCGCAAAAGCAGGACAUGCUCCCCGGGCCGGGGCCCCUGCUGGCGCGUUCUGAGGGCCCCUACCUGUCCCAGCCCCCCCAAAGUGGAGACGACCCCCCCAGCCGCCCCAGCAGCUCAGCCUCCAAGAAACAGUAUGUGUAGGGGGCCCGAGCCUUGCAGAACUUGUAAGCAAAACUGUUGGGAGCAGCAGGGAAAUUUCCCUCCGCCUCUUUUCUUGAAGGUGUCUCCCUUCCAAACUAUAUGUGAGGGAGAGGAAGGAAGUAGCCAGGAACCUGAGGGCUGUGGACUGCAGAGCCCCGUUGCUCUGGACCUCUGAGCUUCCCAAGGUCCUUUAGCACAGCAGUAAGUGAGCUCAGAUUGGGGCUCACUGACUAUUCUAGGACCAAGAGAACCAUUUCCUAUCCUGGAAAGGCCUACGUAGACCCAGUUGUGGAUAGCUGAUGAAUGGGUCAGAAUUCCCAGAUCGUGUCUUUCUCUCCAACUCGCCCCUGUCUUGCUGGAGGUUCUGGGGGUGAUAACUGCACAGAAAAAGGGACCCACAUUUAUCCCCUACUGUCAUAGGGAAAAGGGGAGGGACAAAAGUCCUUGUCCUUUUAGGACUGAAAGUUUUUGAUGUAAAAGUCCAAGGGAGCAGGACUUCCAAGUCAUAUUCCUCUCUCAAAGCCUUGGUAGAUGUGUUCCAUCAUCUAGGGGUCCACCCUGGACUCAGGUUUAAAAAUACCCCUGGAGAAAGAAAGGUUGGUUUAUAUUAUGCUAUAUUAGCCCAAAAGGGAGCCCUUCACCCAGUAUACAUAUUGGAGCCAUUGGGCCUUAGUCAAAAACUGUGACUCCUUUAUCUGUGUUCUCACUCCACCCUGGAGAAAAGGAGCUAAACCAGGGCUAGAAAAAGUGGGGUUGGGACCUUUCCCCCCCUAAUGUUCAGUUUUUUGUUCUUCUAAAAUAAAUGGGACUUGAAUAUGAGUGACA